AUGGGGAGUCUCGGAUGGACAACUACGGAGACAGGGUCUGGGAAUGGGGGAGAGGGGCAGAACAACAAUACUGGGGGCUCAGUGUGGACGAAAGCGGAUACUGGAGGCGGAGGAUUUUCUGGGAUGCAGGGAGCUGGAGGUGCGCCUGUAGAAGGGGUAGAUGUGCAUAUGGGGAGUUCAACAGCAGAUGGUUCGGGUGUGGGGACUAGGUGGGGGGGUGAUCCGCCGGGAAAUGGUGGUGGCAAUGAUAAUGGAGGCGGCAAUAAUAAUGGCGGCAAUUACAACCACAGACACAACAGCGACUAUCGUGGCGGGCGGGGGGAUGGAGGGAGAGGAGAUUGGUGGGGAGAUAGAGGCACCAGGGGUGGCAGAGGAGGCAUAAUAGGUAGAGGAGGCAGGGGAGAUAGGGGUGGCAGAGGAGGCAUAAGAGGUAGAGGAGGCAGGGGAGAUUGGGGCGUCAGAGGAGACAGAGGAGGCAGAGAUUGGGGCGGCGGAGGAAUCAGAGGAGAUAGGGGUGGCAGAGGCGGCAGGGCAGGCAGAGGGGCAUGGGGUGGUCAAAGAGACACCCACGACGCGCCAAACACACACAGCUCAUCGGGCUGGGGCGAAACGGGCCAUAGCUUUACAAAUCAAACCGGGUGGGGACAAGGUACAGAGACACAUACCGCAGCAAACACAGAUGCAUCAUCGGCCUGGGGAGGGACAGGCACCAACGCCGUGGGAAUAAAUAAUAACACUGGAAGCCGUGGCGACGGUGGGGAUGCCAACAGCGGUUGGGGCGUCAACAGUGGCUGGGGCGUCAACAAUAGCGUUCCUCAGACGGUAUGGACCAGCACCGAGAUUGAAAGAAACAAACGGCCCUCAGACCAGAGUGGAGGCAACGCAGCGAAGAAAUUGAAGUCCUACGUCCUCCACGAGCUGGGACAAGUACGCCGGCGUGUCGAGGAAUGGGAAGCGGGGUGGGAUGAGGAGAGGGAGGGGGAAGGAGUGGUAGAGAGGGCUGUUGAGGGGGGAGGGCUGGUGGAGAAGAUGGUGUGGCAGAGUGAGUCGACGUUUUUGGUCGUUUGGCCUGCGUGGAUGUGGGGAGCGGCGGCAGCGGCGGGACUGGGUGAGUUUGGGGGGCGGUCUAGGAUUGAUGAUAGGAGGUUUAGUUGGGCGAAGCAGAUGCAAGGACAGAGAAUGGUGGGGGCGGAAGGGGUGAUGGAGCCAGAGUAA